CGACACAUAACAAACUGACAGUGCAGGCGAAGAGAUAGACACGCACAACAGAGCGAUGGAUGUUUUCGUUAUUAAAUCGGACAUUUCAGAAAUUUAAUAAUAGAAAUAUAAGUGCGGAUAUUUUGGAACGACUUGCGGGGUUUUUUCCCCCCAUAUAUUCCUUGAAAAACACCGACUUUUCCAUGUUUGUUCACUGAUUUGUAUCUUGUUCGCAGUGAUUUCCAUUAACGCUAGCAAUAUUAGCCGGCUAAGCUAGUUUAUGCUAACCUUAUAUACCUUAAACCUCACAGGAUGUGAAUGAGCAAAUGUAGCUAACUGUUCGCGUUGUCUUUCUUCGAAUAAUACUUCUUUUAUAUAAAAAAAUUCACGAGUUCAUCAUCGACUGGACAGAGUAAUAAGUAAAGAAAAGACCGACAGGAAGAGUGAAGCUCAUGUAAGCUAGCUGAAGUAGCUAGCUUGGACGCUGUUGGUCCUGGAUGACUUUAGUCGGGUUUAUGACACACGGUGAACACCUGGGCGCUCGCGGAGGUUUUCUGGACCUUGUGGCUCUGAUGUGAGCAGGAUGGGAUCUCAGGGCAGCCCGGUGAAGAGCUACGACUACCUGCUGAAGUUCCUGCUGGUGGGAGACAGUGAUGUGGGGAAAGGGGAGAUCUUGGACAGCCUGCAGGACGGAUCUGCCGAGAGUCCAUACGCCUACAGCAGCGGAAUCGAUUACAAGACCACCACAAUCCUGCUGGACGGACGGAGAGUGAAGCUGGAGUUGUGGGACACUUCAGGCCAAGGCCGCUUCUGUACCAUUUUCCGUUCCUACUCCAGAGGUGCACAGGGGAUCCUGUUGGUGUAUGACAUCACAAACCGCUGGUCCUUUGACGGGAUCGACCGCUGGAUUCGAGAGAUCGAUGAGCAUGCUCCUGGGGUUCCUCGGAUCCUGGUCGGGAACCGCCUGCACUUGGCGUUCAAACGUCAGGUUCCCACAGAGCAGGCUCGCUCCUACGCGGAGAAGAACGCUAUGACCUUCUUCGAAGUGAGUCCGCUCUGUAACUUCAACGUCAUCGAGUCGUUCACGGAGCUGUCUCGCAUUGUGCUCAUGAGACACGGCAUGGAGAAGUUCUGGAGGCCCAACCGAGUGUUCAGCCUGCAGGACCUGUGCUGUCGCGCCAUCGUCUCAUGCACGCCGGUGCACCUGAUCGACAAGCUGCCGCUCCCCGUCGCCAUCAAGAGUCACCUGAAGUCCUUCUCCAUGGCCAACGGGAUGAACGCCGUCAUGAUGCACGGACGCUCCUACUCGCUGGCCAACAGUGGCGGCAGCAAAGGCAACAGCCUGAAACGCUCCAAAUCCAUCCGGCCGCCGCAGAGCCCGCCUCAGAACUGCACCCGCAACAACUGUAAGAUCUCCUAGCCUGGAACAGGCGGGGGGGAAAGGAUCCAAACCCCGCCCCUAAACGCUUCCUUAGAACUGUUAGGAGGAUACGGAUCACAUCUGCUGCAGUCAGUCAGUCAUACCUACUACAACACACACACCGUCCUCCGUCUGUCUGGUGGAGAAUCUGCACAGAGCAAUCAGAUGACCCUGAGAUGGUCUUCACUCAGUUCAUUAAGCUUCGGUUAGUUAACAGUAUGUGUUUUUUAGUUCAUCCAAGUUCGGAUAAACUCGCCACAGAUACCGCAUCUCUCGGACCAUGGACGGCUUUUAAUAAACACGUGUGCUACACCGUGCCACGGCACACGACUGUUUAGAAGUGCUAGCAUAACUGUGAAUUGCACGGUGAGGUGGUGGUUCACGCACACACUAUGAUGAAUGCCGAUAGUGUGACUGCAUUUCGUUUGACUUUCUUCUUCUUCUUCUUCCGUCAGUCAUUUCUGGAUCAUUUCACGCAUCACGUCGAGCGCCUCCUCAGGGGACUGUUUUUGCUUUGAGUCCAGUCGAGAUCUCUUGCACUCAUGGUUCAUUUCGCCUAACUUUUUUUUGGUUUGUUUAUUGAAAGAAGCAACAUCAUCGCCCAUCAUUCCCCCCAACACCCCCAAACAACAGCCCUUGUGCGAAACCAUCUAGAAUCUAAUCUGGCGUUGUUCAAAUUUUUCGCUCGUGUUUAAAGAACUACUCUGGUCCUUUUGAGUCUAACCUCUGCACUGUAUCCAUCCACAGUGUUUGUGUGAUUAGCAUGCAGAACAAGUUUCAACAUGUUCCCCUGUACUAAAACACUCAUUCACAAUGGAAGGCAGUUCUGCAUUCUUGCUGUUGAAUAAACAUUAGCAGUACACAAUUAUAGAACCGGAAACUCUUACCAGUGCUGCUGCUGUUAAUCAGCUGCAACAAUACAGUAAAAAGUAGUUCCAGUUAUUUCACACUUUAGUCGUAUCCAUACGCCACCAGAGCGACGCACCUAUUCUAUUCGCAAAUAUCUCCUUCUGAAAAACAAGGAAUAAUUCUACAAAGUCAAAGCUUCACUUACAAACAUGUUUGUUUUGCUAGACUCCUAAAUUAAACUUUUUCCCCCCCUCAGUGCAGGGAUCCUUAUCUGUAAUAAUCGCACACAAUACAGAUGUGGUAGAAAAAGCGCUGGAAUAUUUCCUUAAAUGCACCGGAUCAGUUCGACACAUUUUCUCUACAUGCCGUCGUCCUGUUAUUUCAGUGUUUUUGUAGCAGUGUUGCUCUUAAAAUCUUCACAAGGCAUGGUUUCCGUUCGGAUUCUGAACACGCGAUUGCUCGGUUGAUUUAAAAACCUCAGAGUGAAGAACUUAUAAAUAUUAAGCACAAACCCUAUAUCAAUACCAUUAGUAAUAUUUUUUGUUUUUUUCCCCCCCGAGAACCGGACCCCCAUUCCAACUGCGCUCCUAAUUAUUUUGAUGAAUUAUUUACAACCCCAGUGAAAGGAGCAGCGACUUCUUUUUAAUCCUGAUGAAUAAUGAAUUCCCCUUUUUGCAGAUCUGCAGAGCAUCUAGUCAGCCUUGAAAACACCACAUGGAGUGUCUGGUGUGCUCUCUCUCUCUCUCUCUCUCUAUAUCUAUCUCAGGGAUUUUGCUCAAACCCCCCCGAUCGAUAAACGUGCCACGCUAUAAAUAAAACCUCUUCUUCACCCUUAAGCUAAAUGCACCUUCCUGUGCUUGUUUUCGGGGAACAACAAAGCACCUGCACGUGAUCCGUCCGCUUUGGCUGUUUGGAGACGUAACUUCUGUUAUCAUUUAGUAAAGUUAAACUCCGUCUACGGUCAAGUUUUAGUCUGGAGGGCUGUGACUUAGUUAGGAAAAGUCCUCGGGUUUUGUAUUGUAAGGUGGGUCUUUGUUUUGUUUUGACGCAUCUCGUUUUAAUCUUUGUCUUUUUCUGAACCUCUUUUACAUGGUUGCUUUUAAAAUUACAGGGAUCAUCUUCCAGAAGCAGAUUAAACCUAUUAAUGAAUAAAUCCGUUCACAGUCGAUACCUUUUGAUUUAUUUAUCUCCAGGUUUAAUCUGCGUGUGGAAAACGUGUCCUGCGGAUUUGGAUAUAGAAAAGAAAAGGGAAGAACAAUGUGAAUGCAAUUAGCACACAGUUGUAAACACUAUUCUUUUUUUUCUCCUUGGGUGUAAGCUAAAAGCUGCUGAGUAAUUUAAGUAAUCAUCGAAAUGUUCUUGGAACGAUGAACCGAACCAUUUUUAAAUUAUUGUCUGUACAGUGUAUGAAAAAAAUGACGACUUUUUCACAAUAAAAAUCAACAGUAUCGUUU